UGCAGUUUUCAAAACUUCCUGUGAGACGCGGCGCGCGAAAUAAACAGGGACGCGACAUGACAGGUUUUGUCAAACCAGGUUAGACCGAUGGAUAAAACGGAGACCCCCGCGGGAAUAAAACGGCCACCGCCUAUCAAACUACUGUCUGCUCAGUUGAGAGAGGGGGAUCGGAAAGAAGCCGAAGGCAACGUUGAAUGUUUCAUCAGAGGCAGCAAUGGCCGAAUACUCCCGGUUUCAAUGGUGUGGAUGCAAGGGACUAUACUGGAAGUUAAAGCCGACCGCAAUGCCGUGCGGCUUUCGGACGAGACGGGAACUUUUGUCGUCCAGGGUAUCGCCAACAUCCCCAAAGGAAAGCCGUGUUUAUCCGACGGCAAAUAUGUCAUGGUGAUGGGUGUCAUCAAAGCCAUCUCCCCAGAGCCGGUCAUUCAUGCAGUGAAAAUGGCAGACCUGUCACAGGAUGCUGCCAUACACAAAAGAAUGUGGAAGCUGGAAGUGGAGGAUCUGCAGCAGGUGCUAUCUUGAAUGCA